AUGAGGAGUCUAAUCUUUCUCGCUAUAUGCAUAGCAGCAUCUGAAACGUGCCCGUGUAUCAAAGACGGGAACUUAGAGGAAAAGUUCUGCUCAUCUGAUUUUGUUUCUCAUGCUAAAGUCCUCUCAAGGAGUCCAAACCUUCGCGAUCCGGAGCGUGAACAAAAGGUUGUCUUUGUAGUGGACCAUCUCAAAGUUUACAAUAAACGAAAUUUGAUGAAGUUGCCUCGUCGAGUCCUCACGGCUGCAGAAGAAGACUGGUGUGGAGUAGAUCUCCAAAUUGGACAGGAAUACGUUCUUGGAUGUCAGUUUUCUUAG